UUCUUGGCCUCUCUCUCUGUAAUGCAGAUUUUUGUCAAGACCCUUACGGGUAAAACUAUCACCCUUGAAGUCGAGCCUUCAGAUACCAUUGAUAACGUGAAAACUAAAAUUCAGGACAAAGAAGGUAUCCCUCCGGACCAACAACGUUUGAUAUUCGCAGGAAAGCAGCUUGAAGAUGGACGAACCCUUUCCGAUUAUAACAUUCAGAAAGAGUCUACACUUCAUCUUGUUCUACGACUCCGUGGCGGAGAAAUUGAGCCUGCAAUGAAGCUUCUAGCACAAAGCUAUAAUUGUAAUAAGAUGAUAUGUAGAAGUUGUUAUGCUCGUUUACCCCCUCGAGCUGUAAACUGUCGAAAGAAGAAGUGCGGACACAGCUCUCAAUUAAGACCUAAGAAAAAACUUAAGUAAAUAUUAGUUUUCUAAAUUUUUACCUAAUAACGACAU